AUGGCCGACAACGACAAAUACGAACCGCCCGCCGGCCCUCCACCCAACGGAGCGCUGACCGUGCCGCCGCAGGUACACCACGACGCCGGCCCAUACUAUCCGCCCGAUGCACCGGUAGACAACACCCGUGGUCCUGUGCCUCAGUCGUAUCCUCCAGCUCAAGGCCCCAACGGUGGCUAUGUCCCGCCUCAGGGCUGGAACCAAGGUCCCCCGGGUCCCUGGCAGCCGCAGGGUGGUCCCCCGGGCCAACAACCAUACGGAUACUACGGUCCGCCGCAACCGGGCAUGUAUUAUCAACAAGGCCCUCCAGUGGGAUACUAUGAUAGAUCGCCAAAUCAAGCAGCGGCUGAUGGGUGCUGUGCGGCAUUCCUGGCUGCCCUGACAUGCUGUUGCUGUCUUGAGCUCUUGUUCUAA